UAUAGCCGCAGACUCCUGUCUGAUGUCUGAGUUAAGGCAUCUAUCAGUAUCAUUGGAAUUAGGAUUCUUAAUUUAAAUUAUGGUUCAAAAUGGGUAACGGCUAUUUAAGUCUAAUUAUUGGCCUUUGGAUUACAAUCAUCUGUUGUGUACAGCUGUCCGUUUAAUAUAACCUUACAUUUAACAUAAAAAUAAUUAAUGUAUAAAAUAAAUCCUAUUGCUGUAAGUCACCUGCAGCUCAUCCAAAGGUCCAGCAGGCGGCAGCCCCUCACAGCUCACUUCCAGUCUGAUAUUGAACUUCGCGUUAUCUCCACCCUGUGCCUUUGAGAGGCUGUCGGCCGGGUCACACAGCGCCCCCUGCUGGCUGACAGGCGGUCAAACAGCACCCCCUCCUGGCCACCGGACGCGUUUCUACAACAGACUCGUAAAAUAAGAGUUUCUUUCAUCAUGACUGCGUUACCUUCCCAGCGCGAUCAGGAACUACAAAGAAGAACAAUCUGUAACAUGAUCUGGAGAACCGAAAGACGUCUAUGAAACCGUAGGGACCAAGGGGAGGAGAAGAGAAUCACGGAGGUUUUCUAGAACGGUGCCAAGUUUGAAGUUUUAGAGCAACAGAGUUAGCUUGUAGCUCGCUGCGCUAGCUGGGUACAUGGUUUCUUCUAUUAUCCCAGCAAGUUACUGGUCUCGGUGGUAUUAUGUAGCUUCAUAGGACGGCUCUCUGGUUAGAUAAGACCCGAUGCUGCCAUUUUGUUGCUCGUCUUUCACGGCUUGGAAAUCACAACAAAUGUUAACAGCUAACAUGCUAACGUUAGCCUCAGAUAGUCGACCCGGGCUGAUGUUCUUCUUCUAACGAGAACCUACUGGUCCCCCAGCGCGCUGCCCACUUCUCCCACUACGCCUCCCAGUACCCUCCCAGUACACCUCCCAGUAGUUGGUGGGGAUUCGUGACCUUGUCGUGUGAUGGCGCGUUGAGAGUCCUGGAGUCAGACAUCACCGGAGGAACCACAGGAGAGUGAGACAUCACAGCAGGAGAGUGUGGCAUCGCCACAGGAGGUCAGGUGGUCGUGACAUCCUGCUACUAAAGCGUCCAGAGACUCCGUCACGAUGGGCUUUUAUUGUCUCCUGUAAUCCACGACCACUGUCGACCUGGUUAUUCAGACUAACCUAGUCUGCUGAACGCCAUAGAUAAACAGCAGUAUUGAUAAGCUAUUGAUCCCGGCUGAUCGACACACAGUGGGCAUGCCGGGGGACACUUCAGACAGCAGCGAUGACUCGGACCCGCAGCCGGAGACGGCCGGCCGGACGGUCAAGCAUCACAUCACCAACGCGAACCUCACGGGCCACACGGAGAAGGUCGGGAUGGAAAACUUUGAGCUGCUCAAGGUGUUGGGCACCGGAGCCUAUGGGAAGGUGUUCCUGGUGAGGAAGACCAGCGGUCACGACGAGGGACAGCUGUACGCCAUGAAGGUGCUGAAGAAGGCGGCCAUCGUGCAGAAGGCCAAGACGACGGAGCACACGCGCACGGAGCGGCAGGUGCUGGAGCACAUCCGCCAGUCGCCCUUCCUGGUGACGCUGCACUACGCCUUCCAGACCCACAGCAAGCUGCACCUCAUCCUGGACUAUGUGAGCGGGGGGGAGAUGUUCACCCACCUGUACCAGCGGGACCACUUCAGCGAGGAGGAGGUGCGGGUCUACAUCGGGGAGAUCAUCCUGGCCCUGGAGCACCUGCACAAGCUGGGCAUCGUUUACCGAGACAUCAAGCUGGAGAACAUCCUCCUGGACAGCGACGGACACAUCGUGCUGACCGACUUCGGCCUCAGCAAAGAGUUCCUGGAGGAGGAGCGGGAGAGGACCUACUCCUUCUGCGGCACCAUAGAGUACAUGGCCCCGGAGAUCAUCAGAGGCAAGGCGGGCCACGGCAUGUGUGUGGACUGGUGGAGCCUGGGUAUCCUGAUGUUUGAGCUGCUGACGGGGGCGUCUCCCUUCACCCUGGAGGGCGAGAGGAACUCUCAGAGCGAGGUCUCCAAACGGAUCCUGCGCUGCGACCCCCCCUUCCCCUCCAUCAUCGAGCCGGUGGCUCAGGACCUUCUGAAGAAGCUGCUGGUCAAAGACCCCCACCGGCGCCUCGGCUCGGGGCCCCGUGGGGCCCAGGACAUCAAGGCCCACCCCUUCUUCAAGGGGCUGAGCUGGGCCGAGCUGGCGGAGAAGAAGGUGGCCAGCCCCUUCAAGCCCGAGCUGAAGAACGAGCUCGACACGGGCAACUUUGCGGAGGAGUUCACGGGCAUGGAUCCGGUGUACUCCCCCGCCGUCACCCCCCCCAGCACGGACCGCCUGUUCCAGGGCUACUCGUUCAUCGCUCCCUCCAUCCUGUUCAACAAGAACGCCGUCAUGGGCGACUUCAUUCAGAGCCAGAUGGGAGGCGACCGGCCCGGCUCGGCCAGCGUCCAGCGCAGUGCCAUGCUGGCGGAGUCCCAGUUCUUCCUGAGCUACACGCUGUGCCUGCAGGGCCGGCCACUGGGCGAGGGCAGCUUCUCCGUCUGCAGGAAGUGUCGCCACAUCCAGAGCGGCCUGGACUACGCCGUGAAGAUCGUCAGCCGACGAAUGGAGCUGAACACCCAGAGUGAGAUCGCGGCUCUGCGGCAGUGUGAAGGCCACCCCAACAUCGUGAAGCUUCACGAGGUGUACACCGACCAGUACCACACCUACCUGGUGAUGGAGCUGCUGGGUGGAGGAGAGCUGCUGGAGCGCAUCAAGAGGAAGAAGCUGUUUGGGGAGGCGGAGGCCAGCCAGCUGCUCCGUCACCUGGUGUCGGCCGUCAGCCACAUGCACGAGGCGGGGGUGGUGCACCGCGACCUCAAGCCAGAGAACGUGCUGUUUGCGGACGAGGCGGAGGACGCGGUGCUGAAGGUGAUCGACUUCGGGUUUGCGCGGCUGUGCCCGGCGGGGGGCGGGCGGCUGCAGACGCCCUGCUUCACCCUGCAGUACGCCGCCCCCGAGCUGUUCGACGCCGCUGGCUACGACAAGGCCUGUGACCUCUGGAGCCUCGGGGUCAUUCUGUACACCAUGCUCUCCGGCCAGGUCCCGUUCCACAGCGAGCAGCGCGGGAUGACCUCGUCCUACGCCUCUGACAUCAUGCAGAAGAUCAAGGAGGGGGACUUCUCAUUGGACGGCGAGGCCUGGAAGGGCGUGUCCGAGGAGGCCAAGGAGCUGGUGAAAGGUCUGCUGACGGUGGACCCUGAGAAGCGUCUGAAGCUGGCGGACCUGAAGCAGGACCCCUGGCUGCAGGGCGGGGCCCCCAUGUCUACCACCCCCCUCUGCACCCCUGACGUGCUGGAGUCCAGCGGGCCCACCGUCAGGACCUACGUCAACGCCACCUACAAGGCGUUUAACCGGGGGAAGCGCGAGGGCUUCUUCCUGAAGAGCGUGGACAACGCUCCGCUGGCCAAGAGACGCAAGCUGAAGAUGACCAGCACAGGGGUGGAGACCCGCUGGAGCUCCUCUUCCUCCUCCUCCACCUCCUCCACCUCCACCUCCUCAGCCUCUGUCAAGAAGUCCAAAUCACAGCCCAGCCAACCGGUGGCGCCGGAGAAGAGCUAGCCCAGCCAACCGGUGGCUCCGGAGAAGAGCUAGCGCUGCUAACCCUGCUAGCGCCGCUAACCCUGCUAGCUCUUCCAGCUCUGCUAGUGCUACUAGCCCGAGCCGCCCAAGGAGAGAGCAGGUUGGCAAUGACUCAAAGGUCAAAGGUUCUUCUAACGGCUGAACAAUUCAGACAGGAACCUGAAGACCAGCGGGGGGUUUAUAUUUGGAUAUUUCAUUACACAGUUCUGAUUAUGAUUGUUUUGUGUUCAUUAACCGGCUUAUGCAAUCGAUUGGAUGGUUGGAGACAGGAUUUACAGGAGAUCCCCUGAUCACCAUAGUACAGUAGAUCCCCUGAUCACCGUAGUACAGUAGAUCCCCUGAUCACCGUAGUACAGUAGAUCCCCUGAUCACCAUAGUACAGUAGAUCCCCUGAUCACCGUAGUACAGUAGAUCCCCUGAUCACCGUAGUACAGUAGAUCCCCUGAUCACCGUAGUACAGUAGAUCCCCUGAUCACCGUAGUACAGUAGAUCCCCUGAUCACCGUAGUACAGUAGAUCCCCUGAUCACCGUAGUACAGUAGAUCCCCUGAUCACCGUAGUACAGUAGAUCCCCUGAUCACCGUAGUACAGUAGAUCCCCUGAUCACCGUAGUACAGUAGAUCCCCUGAUCGCCGUAGUACAGUAGAUCCCCUGUUCACCGUAGUACAGUAGAUCACCUGAUCACCGUAGUACAGUAGAUCACCUGUUCACUGCAGUACAGUAGAUCACCUGAUAACUGUAGUAGAGUAGAUCACUAGUACAGUAGAUCAACUGAUCACCGUAGUACAGUAGAUCACCACAGUACAGUAGAUCACCUGAUCACUGCAGUACAGUAGAUCACCUGAUCACUGCAGUACAGUAGAUAAUCUGAUCACCGUAGUACAGUAGAUCACCUGAUCAGUGCAGUACAGUAGAUCACCUGAUCAGUGCAGUACAGUAGAUCACCUGAUAACUGUAGUAGAGUAGAUCACUAGUACAGUAGAUCAACUGAUCACCGUAGUACAGUAGAUCACCACAGUACAGUAGAUCACCUGAUCACUGCAGUACAGUAGAUCACCUGAUCACUGCAGUACAGUAGAUCACCUGAUCACUGCAGUACAGUAGAUAAUCUGAUCACCGUAGUACAGUAGAUCACCUGAUCAGUGCAGCACAGUAGAUCACCUGAUCACUGCAGUACAGUAGAUAAUCUGAUCACCGUAGUACAGUAGAUCACCGUAGUGCAGUAGAUCACCUGAUCACUGCAGUACAGUAGAUCACCUGAUCACUGUAGUACAGUAGAUCACCUGAUCACCGUAGUACAGUUGAUCACCUGAUCACCGUAGUGCAGUAGAUCACCUGAUCACCAUAGUACAGUAGAUCACCUGAUCACCGUAGUACAGUAGAUCACCUGAUCACCGUAGUACAGUAGAUCACUGUAGAAGAGUAGAUCACGGGUACAGUAGAUCACCUGAUCACCACAGUACAGUAGAUCACCUGAUCAGUACAGUAGAUCACCUGAUCAGUACAGUAGAUCACCUGAUCACAGUAGAUCACCUGAUCACCACAGUACAGUAGAUCACCUGAUCACCACAGUACAGUAGAUCACCCGAUCAGUACAGUAGAUCACCUGAUCACUGUAGUACAGUAGAUCACCUGAUCACUGUAGUACAGUAGAUCACCUGAUCACUACAGUACAGUAGAUCACCUGAUCACUGUAGUACAGGAGAUCACCUGAUCACCGCAGUACAGUAGAUCACCAGUACAGUAGAUCCCCUGAUCACUGUAGUACAGUAGAUCACCUGAUAACCGUAGUAGAGUAGAUCACUAGUACAGUAGAUCAGCUGAUCAACGUAAUACAGUAGAUCACCUGGUCAGGUCAGCUGACUGUUGUGAUGACACAGCUCUCCGGUCAGCUUACUGCUGUGAUGUCAUAACAUUCUGAAAAGAACAUUGUACAAAAGUCCAUAAAAAAAAAGGGGUUCCUGUUUAGUGGGACGUGAACCUGACCUCACGGGGACAAAGGGAAGCCAUAACUACGGUGAGGACACGGAGGAAUCAAAGGAACUCUUGUGCAAACAUAGAUUUGCACAUGACAGAAACGGUCGCCACGGCGACAGACGGUUUUUAAUCCUAGAAUCUUCUCCUUUUCCUGCUUACUCCCUGUUGUAUUACUAUUACAUAACUAUUAUAUUACCUGUAGAGUCACUAUAACAUUACCUGUAGAGUUACUAUAACAUUAUACAGAGCGCUACGAGGGCACCUGUCUGCAAACCAGCGACCCAACCCAGUCCAACCUGGGCUGAACUCUGACAGCUGGGCUGAACUCUGUCAGCUGGGCUGAACUCUGACAGCUGGGCUGAACUCUGUCAGCUGGGCUGAACUCUGUCAGCUUGAGACGCUCUAAACAGAGGCCUCACCUGAGCCCACCGGUCUGGCUGGUUAACCGGUCUGGCUGGUUAACCGGCCUGAGGGGUGCACUGGUAACCAGGCGUUGAGCCAGCAGGGCGUGGCCCUGGGGAGACAGACAGGCGGGGGUGGAGCGGGACAACUGCACGGGCGGUGCCUCC